AUGCGACUGUGGCAAUGGCUAAUAACCGUUGCCCUAUUUCUUCUGUUGGUUUCAGCAGAAGCCCGUCUCAGAAGACAUAGAAAACGACGAUUUGUUACCAGUCAUUUUGAUGAACUUUAUUGUGGAGAGAGUGCGAAUGCACAGUCACAGUUCGAAGAAGAACGGGAGUCAAACUCAUCAAAAGUUUCAUCAGUUCACAGUACUCAAUUCAAUUGGGGACUUGAUAAUACAAUAUGCAUAAAACUUCAAAAUGUUGUACAUGUUCUGAAAUACGAGAGACUUGAACAGCGAUAUCCGAUCGAGAGUUCUUAUACAUUUUCCGUCCCUCUAAUAGACACAACUUGUAAAUGUCAUUGCUACGGAUUUGGUUCAAACGAUGUUUGCAAUGUGGAAAAGUUUGCAGAUGAUAGAAAUUGCACAAUCAACUCUGAAUAUCCGACAUGUUAUACGAAAUAUCAUUCAGCAGUUGAGCCUUUGGAUUGCCCAGUCACUAGUAUUCCAGCUAAAGCCUGCUGUGAAAUUAAAUUGAAACCACGUGACGGAAGAAUGUUCAGAGCUGUAAAACUGCAACAACCUAUCAAUGACAUGAUAAUUACUCACUCGAUAUUUGCGAACAACAGUGGAAAAAUCAUGAAAGUUCUUGGUCCCGAGGAAUAUAGAAUAAAUCUUUUGAAAGGAAAAGAGCAAUUCGAGUUGACUGAAUAUCAUAGAAUAUCUGUACAACUUGUUGCUUCUUCACCUCAACAACAACUUCGUGAGGGAAUGUAUUAUUUUCCAGAGGAGAAUCAUAACGAUUUGAGAGAAGGAAAAAUCAAUGAGAUAACAGAAAGCGAUUUGGAUAAACUUGGAUGGUAUAGGCGAAUUGGAAAUGAUUGGCAAGUUGCAACAAAUGGAUUACUUCUCAGAAAUGCACAUAAAGUAGUAAUCAAGAACUGCAAAGGACAACUCCAUAUGGAUCAGUUUUCUGGUACGAAGAAUUUUGUUCUCCGAGGGACCCAAUAUAAUGAUACUUACUAUGAGAAAAAAGUGACUGAGAAUAAUUUUGUGAGAAGUGUGAAAGUGGAUGAGUCAUCUCGCGAAAUAACAAUUGUACAUGAACAUGGAACUGCUGCUCAAGUCUCUCUGAAAACUGAUACACGUCCAAAUCUUACAAAAAGUCAGUCACUUCUUGCCAAUUUCACUGGAAGUAUCACAUUGGAUCAUGAUGGAAAUCGAAUGCUCAAUGUUACUUUCUUCGGUGUAAAAGGGACUGUUCAUAUCAAGAUGUAUGUGAAUGACCGGAAGUUGGUUGCCACGUUUGCAUGUACUGCUCAAUUCGGGACAACAAUAAAAGAUGAUGGAAGCAGAAUAAGCCUUCCCUCAUCAAUCAAUCAAGCUCAAUGGGUGUGUAUUCUGCCGGAUGAGCAACCAGAUAAAUCAGAAAUAUGUAAAUGGAUUCCAUAUGAAGAGAAAGCAAUGAGGACACCGAGACAAGAGCAAAGUUGGUCGAAAGGUCAUUCUCCGUGUUCUCAAGCAGAAUGCAACAGUUUGAAAAGUGGAGUGAGUGAUCUAUUCCCUUGGAUCAUAAACUUUGACUACUUCAUGGCUCAUGGUGGUGAUUUCACAGAGUGGUUAAAAAUGGGAAUCCAUAUCGUAAUUGCUGUCGGUCUCCUCUUCCUUUUGAUAAUUCUCUUCACCAAAUGCCUCGUUCCAUUAGCCUGUUGUUCUUUAUCAAUACCAUUCAAAAGUAGAAAUAAGAAGAAAAAGAAGAAUUCAUCAGAUUAUUAA